AUGCCCGCGACACCCGUGGGGUUUGGCACGGUAGUUGCGACCAUCCCGAAUAGAACCCUCAAGACGACGCUAUGCAUUGGGCAAACCACUCAAACGCUGGUGCUAUCCGUGCAGUUAAAAAAUUACAAAGAAGACAAAGCACUCGCGGCGUUCGCCAAAAAUCCGGGACGAAAAUCUGGUAUGGCUACACCGGGCGAGUAUUUCGAGAGCGGGCUCGGCGCGGCGGGGCGCAUGAAAUACGGCGCGAUGUCGACGGCUCUACGACGUGUCACGGAUACGCGACCCCGC